UGUUUGAACUGAUCAAGCGUUGCCAACAAAUGUGUUCAUUUGCCUCCCAGUUCAACAGUUCCGUUUCAGAGCUGGAGCUGCAAUUGUUGAAGAGAGUGGGAACCAGCAGUGAACAUUCUAUUGGAACUCCCGAGUGGCUGGUUUCAGCCCAUAAGCAGCUGAGUAAUGAUGUCAAAUCAAAGAAGUCUGCAGGGUGAAAAGGAGCAACAGAUUGAAACACUGUGUGAACUGACACAGAACCUGGUGGACUCCAUAAAGAAUGUUCUCACCGGCCACAACAAACAGCUUGGAGAAGUCAAACAUUUGCUGAAGGCCAUGGCCAAGGAUGAGGAAGCUGCCAUGGCUGAUGGUGAGGAUGUUCCUUAUGAGAACAGUGUGAGACAAUUUCUGUGUGAAUACAAAUCAUGGCAAGACAACAUCCAGACUGUGCUGUUUACAUUAGUUCAGGCUUUGGGACAGGUUCGCAGUCAAGAACAUAUCGAAAUGCUGCAGGAAAUCACCCCGACCCUGAAGGAACUCCGAAAUCAAAGCCAGAGCAUCUAUAACAACCUAGUGAGCUUUGCAUCUCCAUUGGUUACCGAUGCAACAAAUGAAUGUUCGAGUCCUACCACAUCAUCAACAUAUCUGCCCAGCUUUGCUGCAGCUGUGCGUAGCAACACUGUUCAGAAAACUCAGCCUGAAGGUAUGUCCCAGAAUGCAAAAAAGCCUGUGCAACGAAAUCUGGCCACAUCUGCGGAUACUCCACCGAGCGCUGUCCCAGGCCCUGGCAAAAGCGUUGCUUCCAGUCCCAAAAAGGCUGUCAGGGAUCCUAAAACAGGAAAAGCUGUUCAAGAAAGAAAUUCCUACGCGGUCAGUGUGUGGAAGAGAGUCAAAGCCAAGCUGGAAGGGAGAGACGUGGAUCCAAACAGAAGGAUGUCUGUCGCUGAGCAGGUGGACUUUGUAAUAAAGGAGGCAACAAACCUAGAAAACCUGGCUCAGCUGUACGAAGGUUGGACAGCCUGGGUGUGAGAGAGAAGAAGGUAUAGUUGCCUGGUUCAGCAAAGUCAGACAUCCACCAGAAUCAAAAAUGCCUCCGGCAUCCACAUCCGCGCCAAGGCCGGUGGUGAUACUGGGGCUUAACAUGAGGUAACCUAGGAAACCCUGGUGUGGUGGGAAGCGAAUCCCACAGGAAAGCUGCACCCAGAGAAAUGUUAAACAACAAUGGUCAGCAAUCCCCAGGGUACAGAGUAUAAUGAUCCGUCUGGCUGACCCGAUUGCCUUUCUGCUAUGGAAGAACUGACACAGUAUCCGAGCGCACGGCAGAAAGAAACUAUCCGACAGACCUCGGCGUGAUCUAGAACUGAUCUAGAACUCUCUUCCAUGUGACCCUUGUGCAACAAAGGGGAAAAUAACUGAGGCCAUCAAGGAUUUGCUGUGAAGAAGUCGCUGUCAGUUUCUUGGGUUCCCCCUGUUGCCUGGCAGCAGCGCUUGUUUAGUUGACCAGUAAGCACAGAGGAGGCUAGGAGAUGAAGCAUGGCCUUUCCAUUAGCUGAAAAUACGCAGCCAAAGAACAGAAAUACUAAGUUGGAUGGACUUCUCAAUAGAAGAAUAAAGCCUUGUUCUCCCGUUUGGUUUUUUUUGUUUUACUUUCUUCUCCCCAGCCCCAAAUUCUUGUAGUUUAGGAAUACUUGUUUAUUUACAAUUCUUGUACUUUACGCAUUGGCUAGUCUAGCAGAUUUGGUUUUGUUUGGCAGCUGGGACUCUCCUAAAAUGAAUUCAAAUGUCAUAUUUUCUCCCCCCCCCCCCAAAAAAAAAUAUUUUUUGGUAUUAGGCUUGGUUGUGUUAUUCUGUAACCCCAUUGUGUACAGUUUCCCUUACGACUGUCACUGUACAAUGCAACCAGCCAUUUAUACGUCAGCCCACACUUCAUUUGGCUCCCAUGAUUAUUUCCGCUCACAUCUAGAUAUAAAUGGAACCCAGCUGUGAACCUUUAGCCUAGUUUCCCCCUUUAACCAGCACAGAAUAACCGGUGGAGUUUCACGUUGUUGCUGGCAGUUGAUUAAUAAAGUCAUAUUUUGGUGGAGGUAGAGUGAUAUGGUGUUCUUCACAUUUUCAGUGUAAAGUAACAGUUCAUUUAAAACAUGGUUUUAAUGCGUUUGUAUUUGAUGAUUUUAACACAUUUUUGGGUAUGCCCAACCUUCGAUUCGAUUUUUUUUUUUUUCUUGUUGUUGGAUUUAACUUUGUGACGUAGCAUUCAUCCGUUCAGCUCUUUUCUGUAUAGUUUAAAUAUAUAUAUAUUAUUGGUACGGCUUUCCUAAAAGUACAGUUCAUUUUCAUUUCUGCAUAGCUGGAAACACACCCAGUGGCAUUUCAUUCUCUCCGUUGUGACACAGAUUAGAAUAGAAAGUAUCAGCCAGUAUUCAGGCCUUGCCAAACCAAAUCAUUCAUUUUCCAUUUUCUCUAGGGAUGGCAACUUGCUAUCCUUUGUCUUCUUAAACUAGACAAGUAUGGGUUGAUUAUGUGGAAUGUAUGGAACUAGAUGUGGGAUCUUUCUGUAAUAUGGACUACUAUCCCAUAAUUUUAUAGGAAAUAAGGGACACAAACCCAAUGUAUAUCUUAAAGGGAUACUGUCAUGGGAACAAAUGUUUUUGUUUUUUUUUUCCCCCAAACACAUCAGUUAAUAGUGCUGCUCCAGCAGAAUUCUGCACUGAAAUCCAAUUCUCAAAAGAGCAAACAGAUUUUUUUAUAUUUAAUUUUAAAAUCUGACAUGGGGCUAGACAUAUUGUCAGUUUCCCAGCUGCCCCCAGUCAUGUGACUUGUGCUCUGUUAAACUUCAGUCACUAUUUACUGCAAGUUGGAGUGAUAUCACCCCCU